UUGUGAAACUUUAACAAAUAAAUCGCGUAGUAAUUUAAAAAGGACGAAAACUCAUUCAUCUUUUAGUAGUGCGGAUGAAACUUCUUUUAAUUAUCAUAAUUUAUCAAAAAGAAUUAUCAAUAAUUUUGAAUCAAUUCAUGAAAAUGUUGAAAAAACUUCAAAAAAUGAUUUUAAUAAUAAGACUGACGAUGAAAAUGUCGUAUUUGUUUUGGGUGAAAACGAAAAAUUAGUUGAUAUCAAACCAAAAAUAAUCGAAGAAAAAUCAAGUGAAACAUCGCAUGCACUUAAACGAUCCCAAAGUGCUCCACCUCCAUCUUUUCCAUCAUCAUCAUCUUCUGAAUCGUUCCAAUCAAAGUGUCCACCAAACAGUCCAUGCCAUCAAAGGUUUAAAAAACAUUCAGGGGUAAAAUUUAAUUUCGAACAAUAUCCACAAAUUGCAACCAAUUACAUGAAAAGUAAAAAUUUAGAAAUUGGGAAUAUUUCUUUCUUGGAUAAAAAAUUUAGUGAUGACGAAUUAUCACCAACCAAUGUUGAAAUUUCAAAAAUUAAUUUCCCUGAAACUUCCGAAUGUCAAUGUGGUUUUAAAGAUUGUAUAGGUGAAUCUGAAGAAAUUGUUUUACAAACACCAUCAAAUGCUUCUGAAUUAGAAUCUACAAGUGAUUUAUUACCUCAAGCUAGUACCAAAUAUUUUUAUGCCGAAGAAAAAGUUCAUUCAAAUUUAACACAGCAUACAUUUCAAAGAAAAACGUUAAAUAAUACGUUUGUUGUUAAUGAAAAUGGUGUCGAUUCUCUACCUGUUACCAAAAAUAAUUACAAAAGGAAUAAAAAUUUUAAAUAUAGACUACAUGCGCCUGAAACAGAAAAUGGUGCAAAGAUCAACAAUGAUAAUGGAAAGAAAACUAUAACCCAAGUAAAAACACAUCCUUUGGAAGAAAAUGAUUCAGAUAAUGAAGAAGUUAAAAUUUAUAAUCAAAUUAAAACGAUGAAAUUAAAAAUGGUGUCAUUACCUUUAUCUAGAUCUUUAGAUAUUCCAUUAUCUCAAAACUUUCCACCAGCUGGCUACAAAUCAUCAUUAUUACGAAUUGAAAAGAUAAAUGAACAAUACAUGCCAGGAGUAAUUUUACAAGGUAUCACUGAACCAAUUUCGGUAUGGAGUUGUGCUUUAAAGCGUGAUUUAGCAUUAACUGUGCGUCAUAGUCCAAUUGAUCAACCUAUUUCGGAAGCUAUUUGCAUAUUAGCUGAUAUGGAUAACUGGAAAGUACAAUUAAUUUCAAGUUCGUCAACAACCGUAAGUGGUUUAACUGGUUUACCUCAGGUUCAAAAUUCAUCAUUAGUUGGCACUCCGGUAUCUUCUUCACAAUUGGUUGGUGAUAUGCUAGAAUCUUUUCAAGAACUUUGGAAAUUGCGAGUUUCUCCUCAAUUUUGUUUACAACAUAUAGAAGAAAAAUUACGUGAAAUAUAUUUGAGAUCAUUUGCAUUUAGUGAAUUAUUAAUGGCUACUGAUUUUUGUGAUAUGGCAUUUUUGACAAGUGCUUUAGACUUACAUCCAAAUGAUGUGCCAUUAUUAUUAGCAGUUGCAUCUACACAUACACCGCAAGUUGCUCAAAAAUACGGUGUUACAUUUCAAUAAAUUGUGUUCACUAAAUUAUGUUUUUUAUUUUGUGAUUAUG